CCAAGCAAACUCUCCCAUUUUUUCUAUGGUCUUUCAUUUCCAAGAAAUCUAAGAACUCUCUUUCUCUCUUCCCUUCACUUUCCCAAUAAAUUUUAUUUUAUAUUAAUAGUCUUAAACGAGUGAAAUUUUUUUCUUGUGUAACUGUAAUGCAAUGGAAAGUGGUAACCGGAGGCUUACGCUUUUUGAGCAAAUGUCAGUGGUUGAUAACGGCCGGAAUUCUCUGGCCGGUUUGACUCUCGAUGCGGUUUUAGGCAAUGCUAAGCGGACUGAACAACCGGCGGCUCAGAACCGUACGCUUCUGGAGAUUAUACGAGACGAUGGGUCCAACAAAGACAAGAAGACUUGGAAAACGUUUCGGAAGAAGCUCCGCCUCAAGCGAGCGGGCUCUGCUUGGACCUCCUCGGUUCCUAUCCCGGCUUCGGAUGUUAAUGUUCAUAGUAACAGAUCACAAUUCUCGGGGCGCGGUUCUUUUCGUUCUAACUCGUCUGACUCGACUCGCGUUGGGGAUGGAGUUGAACGUGCCCCUGUUUCUGACCCACCAGUUGUGAACUCUCGGUUGGAAUUGGCGGGGAGGGGUUCGGUUCUGUUCGGGAACAAUCAGGUUCGGACCGAUCACGAUGAUUCUGCUGAUGUCAGCAUGCCUAGCGAUGCUCCACCCUCGAGAAGCUUUAGGCCACAAAAUACCCGUCUUCGUUCGACUCGAAUUCCUUCCUCUAACACUGCCAGAAAUGACGUUGACAGCAGCGACGAAGACGAUUCUCCUGUGGCGCGUGAUGAAACGCGCCAACUAGGAGCGGCAUUGGCGGAGGAGAGGGCAUUGUCUGCGAGAGAAGCAGUUGCGGCACAGGAAGCAGCGGAAGCGGCUGCUGCAGCUGCAGCCGCCGCGGCCGAAGUUGAACAAGCUGCAGCGGCAGAGAACAAUGCUCCGCCAACGGUUGCGGCUGAGGAGCCGGUGAGGAUGUCAUUGAUGGAUUUAUUAGAAGAAACAGACCGACAAAUGGGGCUGACCGGAUCAAGAUACACGAUGGGAGACGACGAUGGGGAAUACGAGGCAGAGGCGGAGGAGGAGGUGGAGGAGGUAGAAGAAGAAAUAGUGGAAGCGAGCAGUGGGAUCGAGUACACGUGUUGCGUCUGCAUGGUUAGGCACAAAGGUUCAGCGUUUAUUCCCUGCGGCCAUACGUUUUGUCGGCUUUGUUCAAGGGAGCUUUGGGUUCAGCGAGGUAACUGCCCUCUUUGCAAUGGCUUCAUCUUGGAAAUUCUUGAUAUCUUUUAAUAUAUAUAUAUAUAUAUCUUAUUCUAGUUCUUGCUUUUGCUUCUUCUUCUUUUCAAUGUCAGUAAGGUUCAAAUCAUCUCCCAUCUCUGAUUAUGUAGAAAUUGUGAAAGGCAAUAGUUCUUCUCUUCUCGGCUUCUUCUUUUUUCAAUUUUUGGUUAGUUUUGUUUGAUCUUUGACAUGGUAAAAGAAGCAAGUUUCAGUGAUUCAUUUUAGAGUUGUCGCUUCUGAGAUUGCAAAGAAUGAUUAUCAUUACUAGGUGGUUGACAACUUGACAAUCUUGAUUCAUGACCAUGAAUGACCCAGACUUCUCUUUCUUUUUUUUUUUUUGUUACCCUGGAAAUUGCAAAGGGGUUUUUGUUUUUUUUUUUGCUAAAGAAACAUUGGUAGAACAGUGGAUAGAGCUGGGGGAAGGGAAUUGCUUAAUGGUCUUACUAUCAUUCUCUUGUCUGUAUGUUCCAAAACGAAUAGAGGUAAAGAAGAAGAUGUGGGACCAGUGAGCCUGACGAUGGGUUCUUUCUUUAUAUAUAUUUUUAGAAGAAACUAAUUGGCAAAGUGAUGGUGAUGUGAUGAAUCGGUUGGGUGAAAAGCAAAGCUGUCUCUGGCUUUUGGAGCUGUUAAAAAGAGCACGAGGUUGAGGGGACAGGUGCUUGGUAUGAUUUUUUAUUCUG